UUUCGCAGUAACGUAUGGAUUAUAAUAAAGUUCAUUAAACCAGUUCCUAACCAAAGUUCAAUAUAAUGAGUUGAUACCACAGGUGAUUUAUACAUAGCCUCAUAUCAAAUUGCUGAUGAAUGGAAAGUGACUGAAUAAUUUUAGAAACUAGUAAACUAUUUAUUGAAGUAGUAUUUAAAUGCAUUAAAAUGUUAAAGUGAAAUCAUGCAUCCAAAACCAAAUGCUGGCGUAGAAGGCGAGAAAGGAGAUUUUAACUCAGAAAUAGAUAUUGAGGAAAGCACACUUACCACUCCGGAGUGGACGGUGGGUGGGGAUGGCUGGUCGUUCUUGGGUCGUUUAUCAUCCACGCCAUUCAAGGUGGACUAGAGCGCAGCAACGGUAUCCUGUACAUCCAUAUGCGACAACAUUUUGGACAGAGUGCGACAGAGACGGCCUGGGUCUUGUCACUGUACUCACUAAUCUGUAGACUUGUAGGCCCUAUUUCAAGCGGACUAUGCACUAGGUACUCGUUCCGUUUCGUCACUUUUCUUGGAGUAAGCAUGACGGUUGCUGGAAUGCUCACUUCCGGUUUUGUACCCACCGUCCAGUACCUGUACCUGACAUAUGGCCUCGUUGUGGGGGUGGGGUGUUCCCUCUCCUAUACCGCCUGCAUACUUGUUGUCGGCCACUACUUCAAUACCAGACGAGGUAUUGCAAUUGGAGUUGCUGCAUCAGGGGUUGGAUUUGGAUGUUUUGCUUGGCCGCCAAUACUGCGUGCUUUUUUUGAAUAUUUUGGAUUCAGAGGAGCUUUUCUUAUUAUUGGUGCCAUAGUCAGCAACGUUUACGUUUGUGGAAUGUUGUUCAUGCCUUUAAGUAAAAGAAAACUGAAGACAAAGCCGCAAGAAGUAACCUUGAAUAAAGAUAAGAACGAAACAACUGUAUCGCUGUUGCCACAACAGGAGAAGAGAAUUCAACAUUUUGCUGAAGCAGUAAGCUGCAACGGGCAAAACAGCACGCUGUUUUCACCGGACAAAACAACUGCAGAGACAGUACAUAUACCAAAGAGACGUUUCAUUGAUUUAACACUGUUUCGAAACUAUGCCUUCUUCACCGUGUGUGCACAAAUGGUGUUAUUUGCCCUUUCAUACAAUAUGACAUUUGUGUACCUACCGGCCUUGGCCAAGGACCAGGGCAUAUCAGAGUUGGAAGGAUCCUACUUGAUCUCAAUCACAGGAGUGUUUGACAUGAUUGCACGUAUAUCCAUGUCGACAUUGCUAGACACUAAACAUGUCAAACCGUAUCGUUUGAUAACAUAUAACAUGAUACUGUUUAUCAUCGCAGCUUUAACUGUUACCAUUCCGUCUUUACAUAGUUUUAUGCAGUUUGCUGUCAUAUGUGCCAUAUUUGGUUUCGUUUCUGGAACGUAUAUAUCACAAGUGGCACUGAUAUUGGUGGACAUUCUGGGAAUCAGCAAUUUGGCGAGUGCGUUCGGUCUCAACCAGUUAUGCUAUGGGCUUGGUAUGCUUCUUGGCCCAGUCAUCGGAGGGUUGAUAAGAGACUAUCUUGGCAAUUAUUACCUGUCGUUCUACUGCGGUUCUGCAUCGACAUUUGCAGCCGGUCUACUGAUGAUGACAGGAAACAUUUGGCUGCGCAGGCGUGGGGACGCGUUAUAGUGGUUGUGUUUGAGCAGCAUUCUGCCAACGGCAUGAACUCUCACAUUCUAUUGUUCUCACAUGAGCAAAAUAAA